GCUCCUUCCAUUUAUAAAUGCUUGUCACGAUUGCAGUGGCAUCAGUAUAUUCAGAUUCGCUCUUGAAGACUUUAUCAAAUACAUUAACUAUGGUACAAAUUAUUGGAAAAUACGAGCAUGAAUCGAGUGAGGGUUUGGAAGCGUACCUCAAAACAGUUGGUGGAGUUGAAAACCAAGAAGCUUCAAAAGCUUUCAGUCAAGGAAAACCAACUUUAGAAAUCAGUCAAAGUGGUGAUCACUGGAUUAUUACCGUAUCCAAUGAAGGCAAAAGUUCAACCACUAAAUUUACCUUAGGAACUCCAUACGACGAAACUAUGCCUCACGGUCUUACUCUUAAAAGUGUAACCACACGGGAUGGAAACAAAUUUAUAACUGUAUCGGAUCUUCCUGAUGGCAAUAAAUCAAUUCGUGUAUAUGAGUUUACGGAUACUGGUAUUACUGUUCAUUUGUCGGAGAAUAAACAUGGAGUUAAAGCUGUUCGUACCUAUAAAAGAAUUUAAAUGUGUACUAUCAAUAUAUUGAUGUUAUGAAAAUAAAAUUAACAUUCAAAUAAAACGUUAAAAAAAUAUUGAUUUACUAAUUUUUUUUUGUAUAAACUUUAUUAAAUUUAUAUUAUUUUAAAAUAGAUUAGAAAUAGUAAUGGAGUAUCAUUAAGAUUAGAAAAAAGCGGCUUUUAUAAAAUAGACCAUAGUUUGUAAAUGUGAGGAUACACAGUUUUUUUUUUUAUAAUUUGCUUUUCCUUUAUUUCACCUAUGGUUUAUCGUUAUUAUAAUAUGAAUACUUUUACAAACUGUUUUUAUUUUUUUUUGUUUUUAAAACUCAUAAAAAAUACAAUAAUGAUAAUUUAUUUAAACCCUAUUUCUCAAUUCUAAACCUAGCUAAGUUAUAGAUAAUAGUAGUGGCUAAAAUUACCCAAGGAAAUAAAGAAUUUAAAAAUUUUGCUUAUCUUACAAUAGUUAUAAAAAUUUAAAAUAUAAAAAUCUGGCUCAUGUUUUCAAUUGUGUUGGUAAUUUAUAUUUUUUAUCAAAUUAUUUUUUUAAUUAUUCAUUCAAGAUAUUUAAGAGCUCAGUAUACUUGCAUAUGUUGUAAGUAAUGAAAAAGCAAAAUCGUCAAAAUCGUAAAUAAGAGCUAUAACUCCGAGGUUAUUUCGUUGCUUAUUGAGGAUAUUUUCAUUUCACUUCAAAAUGUAUAUUAAUUAGUUCAAAAUACGGUAGAUAUGUACACAACAGAAAUAUCUGAGUUUUUAAUUAUUUUUAUUUUUAUUUUUUCCACUUACUUUAGCUUUCUCGAAUUUUUCGAUACACUAUAAUAGUAAAAAAUAAAAAAAAAGAAGUGAGCUAAGCAUUCAUUUUUUUUUUUAUUGUCUAACUUAUAACGUUAUUGUAAUUAUAUAAAUAAAAUGAAGUAAUUGUUUCAUGGACAAUUAUUAUAAUGAUGAUUAAGAAAGAGAGAGAGAGAGAGAGAGAGAGAGAGAGAGAGAGAGAGAGAGAGAGAGAGAGAGAGAGAGAGAGAGAGAGAGAGAGAGAGAGAGAGAGAGAGAGAGAGAACACAUGAAG